CUCAUCUCUCGUAAAGACUCCUUCAAGACACAUCAUCAACAUGGCAGCUACGAGAAGGACUACGCACGCAGGUCGUGCAAAGUCUACAUCUCCGACAUUGUCCACCCGUCGAACAACGCGUUCACAAACAGCACUGUCAACCCGACCAGUAACGCGAUCACAAUCAACAUCAUCACCACAUCUCCCCCCCGCCCAUCACCACCCCCAACAACCCAUGGAACCCCCAUCCACGCGCUCCAACCCCAGGAGCAGCCGUAUAACCAAGAAACCCGCCGCACCAAGACCCCUAUCCCGUCCCGAAACCCCCAUAAUCGCCCCUACCACCACUCCAUCCCCACCAUCACGUGUCAUAAACGACCUCCUCGAAGAACGCACCCACCCCUCCAAAGGGCGUGCCGUCUACACCCGCAAGCCGAUCCGCGCCGGCACCCGCCUCCUCUCCGAGACUCCCCUGAUCCAAUACAGCGGGAGCACGAAGCAGAAAGCACGCACGGCAGCCAUAAAAGCCCGGUACCGUGCCCUCCCCGCGCCCCGCAAAGCCCAGCUCGACAGACUGGCAGGACACGCCGGCUGGCCCGGCGUGAUCUCCAAGUUCAACCUGAACGCGUACCAGCACGACCGACAGCGGUCGGGCGCGGCAGACGUGGCAGACGCGGCAUACGACGAAGACGAUACGGUGGUUUGCCAGAUUCUGUAUGCGGAGAUCAGCAUGAUCAAUCACUCGUGUCGGCCGAACAGCUUCCCGGCCUUCAACGACCGCAUUGCACGCGGGACGGUGCAUGCAAUGUGUGAUCUGGGGGCGGGCGUGGAAGUGACGGUCGAUUACGGCGGUGGUGAGAUUAGGCUGAGUGAGGAGCGGAGGGAGCACAUGAGGGAGUGGGGCUUCGAGUGUGCGUGUGAGCUGUGUGAGGAGUCGGGGUCGAUGGCGGCGGUGCAUGCCAUCGGAUGUGAGAGCAUUGGCGUAGUGGAGGCCAACAAGAGAGUACCGGGAAAGGGUGCCAGCGCACCCUCGAGAGGUCGGAAACCUGCUAGACAGUUGCCGAAAUCGCCAGUUUGGUCAGCCUCCGAUCGCCGCAGGCAUCGGAUGAAGGGGCGCUGGGCAGAUAUUCGUGGCUUCUUUCAGGAGUUGAAGACCAAUCACCGGACAAUGAAGGACGACGAGCGCUUGCCUUCCAUUCAGACGAAGUUGAUCGAAGUCAUGGAGGACGCAGUCGUGGAGGGAUAUCUGAGUAUGAGCCAGUUGGGUGAUAUGCUGACCACAGGGGCACUGAUACAGGAGAAAUGUGCAGAUGACGCAGAAUCGGCGUGUCUCCUGUGGGAGCAGUAUCACAAACUCGCGCUGAUCUGCGUAGGAGAUGAUCACAAUGAAGUCAUACGAGCCAAGGCGAAUAUGCAAAGACUGCAGGAGCGGAGGUCCAAGAGAGACAACACACGGCGAACGAAGAAAAGAUGACGAAGCAAGAGGAGGUCUGGCAGCCUCAUGAGCCGACCACAUUUUUCAGGUUACGUCUUGGAUACAUUUCAGGUUACGUCUUGGAUACAUUUCAGGUUACGUCUUGGAUACAUUUCAGGUUACGUCUUGGAUACAUAUGAAUGAUAGUUCGGGGCGCAUUGGCAUCUGCAUAUGAUCUAUGCUUCAUGAUAAUGACACACAAGAGAACAGCAUAGACCUGCGCAGUGACAGGGCUAGGAACGAAAAGUAGGUUCUAGGACUAUGGAUGCGCGCUGGCCCUAGGACCAGGCAUUAAAGACAAGAGUCAUAGGGGAUACAAUGACGAAGUAGCUCGGAAGUGUGUCGCGGGAAUGCGAGCGGGUUGUGGGUUGUUCUCGCGCUCCUAUUUUACAGUCACGUUCUCAACUUCAUCGCCUUGAGGCAACGGUGGAGGAGAUGCCGGAUUCGCAGCAAGCUCAAGAAGC